CUCCAGCUUCCCGCUUCACCUCAACGUCAAUCCCGAGUUCUAGUGGCCCAACCCUGCAUUACCGCAAGGAUGUCGAACCGCAAUCCCAUGCAGGACUACCUGAGCAAAUUACAGCAGGCGGCCAAAUCCGGCCGUCCAAGAGGCGGCUUCGGUGGAAUGCCUCCUACUCCCAAGAUUGGUGGUCUCGUCGGAGGUUUGGUGCUGCUCGGCGGCGGCGCCAUGCUGGUGCAGAACGCCCUUUUCAACGUCGACGGUGGCCACAGAGCUAUCAAGUAUCGGAGAAUAAGCGGUGUCAGCAAGGAGAUCUAUGGUGAAGGCACGCACUUCAUCCUUCCCUGGUUCGAAACACCGGUAGUCUACGAUGUCCGAGCGAAGCCGCGAAACGUGUCGUCCCUGACGGGCACCAAGGACUUGCAGAUGGUCAACAUCACCUGUCGUGUGCUCUCCAGGCCGGACAUCCCGGCUCUACCCCAGAUCUACCGGACCUUGGGCUCCGACUACGAUGAGCGAGUCCUCCCGUCUAUUGUCAACGAAGUCCUCAAGAGCGUCGUCGCGCAGUUCAACGCCAGUCAAUUGAUCACACAGCGAGAGAUGGUCGCGAGGCUGGUUCGCGAGAAUCUGUCGAGGCGAGCGGCGCAGUUCAACGUCUUGUUGGACGAUGUCUCUCUUACGCAUCUGGCUUUCUCGCCCGAGUUCACGGCGGCAGUCGAGGCGAAGCAGGUUGCGCAACAAGAUGCUCAACGAGCCGCGUUCGUUGUAGACAAGGCUCGACAGGAGAAGCAGGCCAUGGUGGUCAAGGCUCAGGGUGAGGCACGGUCUGCCGAGCUUAUUGGAGAGGCGAUCAAGAAGAGCAAGUCAUACGUCGAGCUGAAGAAGCUGGAGAAUGCCAGAGCGAUUGCGGGCUUGAUCCAGGACGCUGGCGGAAAGAACAGAUUGCUGCUGGACUCGCAGGGUCUUGGACUCAACGUCUUCGAUGAUGCGAAGAAGGAAUAGGCACGGUAGAUAGUAGCUGAAGGGGUGAAUCUCCACUGUAUGUUUAAAGACCAGAAAACAGAGUGUAAGAUACUAUUUGCGCCAGCAACAAUCACGAUCCAAGCCUUCCAACCGUGCGACUUGCAUGUCUAGGAAUUCCUUCGGCACCGAGGCUUUAGACCAAAUCACUCUAC